AUGGCCCUUCCAUCUUCCACUCGGUUCACUCUCCUUGUUUUUGCAGCAGUUGCAAUAUUGGUGAUGUUGGUGAAUGCAGAAGUACUCCAAGACAACGUCGGUUCAUGUGAAGGGAUAGGUUGCAACCUUGGUGCUCAAAAGGAGAAGAGAUGUAAUGAUGGUUUGGGGCGUUGCAAUGAGCAGUGCGAUGAAGAUUGCUGUGUGAAAAAUUGUUUAGGUUAUCAUGCUAAUGGAGUUGGAUAUUGUGACGAUAGCCUUGGCCGCGCAAAUGCAUGGUGUCAGUGCAGUUAUCCUUGUUAA